AGAAUCUUGAGACUCUCCAAUCAACCCUUGAUUAGUGAAAAAUUGCUCCAGUCCAAGAAAAACAGGACAUCUUCAAAUUGGCAACAUUCCAAUGCAAGUGCAUCGUCUCUCCAAUCUCCCAAAGCCUGCAAAAUGAUCACGUAGAUUAACGUGACUAGUACUACCAAUUUAGAGUUGAAACUUAUUCCUGUAGAUGUUUACCGUAGUUGUUUAGCAGGACUUCCUCAUGAGGACUUGACAACAGGGACGAUAAACAGAGUAGGCGAUAUUAUUUUUAGGAUCGAAAGAUAAGUGGAGAGAGCGCUACAUCCUGAGUUGCUUUAUUUCUUCUUGAGAAACCUUGCUGAUACAUUUUGUACAUGCAUCAUCGGCCUGGUCACCAAGAGGGACGUUAGAUUGAAAGAGUAGUGGACGUUCUGUGUUUGGUACAAGAUACUCCUGUUCCAGGCACGAAGGUCCUCCAGAAGUCAAGGAAGCCUGAAGGGUCACAGACAACCCGUGAUUAUGUUCAUCAGGUCUGCGUGACGCUCAUUCGAAGACCACGGAGAAGACCCUUGAUGCAUAGCAUCUGAGAAAGAACCCUUGAGAAAGAAGCGAAGCAAGGACAACGCUACAAUGGCGCGUCAGAAGCCAGAGAAGAUCUACCACAUAUCCGUGAUGGGCAUGUCGGGAACGGAGACAGAGCGCGGGGCCACGGGAGUCGGCAAGUCGUGCCUCUGCAACCGCUUCUUGAAUCCUCACCAGGACAAGUACUUCACAGACCACAUCUCGGUCAUCAGCUCGAGUGAUUUCAGCGGGCGCAUCGUAAACAAUGACCACUUCCUCUACUGGGGUGAAUGUACAAGGAAGUAUGAUGGCGAUUCAAUAACAUACAGAGUGGUGGAACAGACAGAGUUUAUAGAUGACUCCUCCUUCUCGCCCCUCAGAGGGUCAAACACCCAUGCGUAUUACAAACGAGCUGCGGUCACAAACCUCAAGUCUGCGGAGAAGGUCAUGUACAUCUGUAAAGAUCAAGUUGGUGACGAAACCAACUUCACUCAGAAAAUUCUCCCAGACGGUAAAUUCCCUGUGGAUGGAUUCUUGAUCAUCUACGACGUCUCGCGGUCACCGGGACACGAGAAACAACUGGAAUGGCUCACCAAGCUGCAAGGCCAACUCCACAAGGCAAAGCGGCCGGUGGUCGUCGUCGCAACCAAAUACGACGAAGCCUGGGACCAGUACGUGCGUGACGCCAAGGCCUUCGCGGCGAAGAUCAAAGCCCCGCUCAUCGAGACGUCGUCGCAAGAGGGCGUCAAUGUAGACCUGGCAUUUGCGAUGAUCGCAAGCAAGAUCGAUAAGAGGAGCGGGCCGAGGGAGGUGCCGUUCCCAUCAGCUAACGAAGCGAGGCAGAAGGUGAUCACGAAGGCGGUGGACGAGUAUGAACAGAUGCUCAAGAAAGAGGUGGUCAACUACCAUGAUCUGUGGACGUCGCGCAAGAAGCAGUACCAGAACAGAGACGUCUUUAGAAAGGUUGUUGAACUCAUCGGUACAAAGAACGCCAAGAACUACUUCACACGGCACACACAGCGGCUUCGCCAGAACCACCAGCAGAAUAAAAUGAAGCUGUAUCUGGGUAGGCUACCAGACGCACUGGAGAGUAUAUUCCCGGAUUUGAACUCCAUCAGUGGAAGGGACUGGACAGAAUGUCGUCACAUGCUGCCCGAGAUGACGAACUUCGCCCAGUGGUUCAUUGUGCUGCCACACGACCAGUCUUGGAGGGAGAGUGAAUACAUCGACACAAACGAGGUUCGCAUCCCUUACGACCUUCUCGAAGGCAACGAGAUGGAAUGUGAGAACUGCUUCCAGGAUCACGUCAAUAGACUCAACGCUGCCAAGAGGAAAGAGAAAAUGAAAGCAGACUUCAAGAAGCUGCUGGAAAGUCUCCCGAACAUCGUCCUUCCGUUCCGCGCCAUGGACGAGGACGUCGUCCUGGACGCGAUCUCCAACAGCGAGAGCUUCGGAGAGCUCGACGAGAGCACGAAGGUCGCCAUCUACAAUGUGCACCAGGAGAACAUCCAAGCCCGGGCGCAGUCGGACUUUGCAGAGCUCCUGAUGGAGAAAUAUGCCCUACUCGCUAGUGUGGAUAUCACCCAGCAGCCGAGCAAAGAGGUGCAGAAACUGGUGAAACAGCUGGAACAUGAGCCUAGAUGGCAGAAGCUGUCUGAGAUGAAUCUAGAGAGAUACGUGAUGCUGCUCAAACAGCUUGCCUUCGUACACAAUCCCACGACCGACAGCUGUUACUACGGCGAGAAGUGCAUGGAGAAACUAACUCAACUCUGCAUAGAGAGAACAGUACAGAGAUCACCGAUCAAAGAAUUGGGAACUUGGGACGACUCAAACAACAAACUCAACAUCAUUGUCGUUGGUGAGGAUGGAUUGGCCGAUGAACUUGACACCGAAAUCAAGAAUUCACAGGCAUUUCGGGGCAGCGGAAGGAAUUAUUCCCAGUCGCAAUCGUACGAUGGUGACUACACGCUGGAUAAGGUUCUAUACAGCCUCGAUCUGAAGACUAUAGAGGGCGAUAUCACUCAUCCUAGUAAUCAACUCCAAUCGGAAAGCUUCACACCGCAAGGUUGUAUCUGUGUCUUCACAUCUCUGGAGGGUUUCCAGUACAUCCAAGACUCCCUGGAACGUACCAUUCUAUCCGACCAGGAGGAGUACAACUCAACGACCCUGAGGGACCUGGCCGUAGUGCUAAUGUUCGGUCGCAGCACCAGUCCGGAGGCGGACGCGGCUCAGGUCAGGGAUAAAGCAGAGAUGUUGUGCCGCAGGUUGAACAACUGCCAGAUCGUGAACGUGCCUCCAGACAACACGACCCUGUGGCACGGGAAGAAAUUCAGCGAGUCUCAGAUACAGGACGCCCUCAGAUCCGUGGUCGCAGGUCAGAAGUAUCGCAGCGGGACGCCCAACCAGGUGGAGAGUGACAGAGGAGAUAGGGGAGACAAUGCUUUCAGGAUUGGGCUAUGCAUGCCUUGCGGUGACCCCUUCCAGCCGGACCUGGUUCUGUCGCCCAUCACCAGCCACAACUGCGUGGCGACGCCCAACGAGAAGAACUCCAUCACCUGUGACAUGUUCCUCAUCGACACCAAGUGCAGGGUGGACUUUGAGAUCUCAUCCUAUCACUUAGGGGACAUCCUCAGGGAGCAGCGCGUUCACCACGGUUACAUCCUGGUCUACGCAGCUCAGCGGAAGGCAUCGCUGGAACUGCUCAAGUGGUUCCUAAAGAUGGUGGCUCCCAUCCCAACGCUAGUCGUGGCCGUGUGUGAGGACAUCAACUCGGCUGCGGACGGGAUAGCAGAGGGUAACCGUCUAGUGGACGAUACACCCACUGCAAGAUUAGUGACAGCGAACUGCUCAUCAUUCAGAGAUCAAACUGUGAUCUACAACAGGUUUCUGAAGGAAGCACUUGACAAGAGGAGAGAGACGGAAAGGAUGUUCAAGGUGGAGGAGCCACCCAGUCCAAGUCCUUUCAUAUCUAACAGACCUCCCAUGGAGCUACCCUCACCCCACAGAGACGUCACGCUAGAUGAUUCCCAGACCCCUACGUCAGGCUACACCCCUGAGUUUGUACCCCGCAAGAGAUCCGUUUCUUCUGAAGCGGUGGUCCACGACCCCUUGGUAAAGCCCAGCGAAAUCCGCAACCGCAUGAGACUGCAGCAGCAGACGCAUUAUAGUUUCAGAGGUGGUGAAGACUCGUUAUACGAUGUGAUAAGCCAAAGCCAAUCCUCGAAGUGGGCCCCGAAGCCAAGCAAUGAAGCCCGCAUAUACCAUACAGCCAACUAUGAAUCCAGGCCGCGCCGGUGGGGCUCGGAAGUGCGGCGAAAGCCAAACUUGCCCUUGCCCUCGACACCUCAGAGUUCUGGUACAGAAGCGCACUAUAUACAUGUGGAGAGGAGGGGCUCUGAACCUGUACGGCCAUCGGUGGCGCUGUCGGCCCGCCCACACCAAGGUGAUAAUGCCUCUGCUAACACUACUGCCCAGGAAACGGAGGAAAUAGCGGCCUACGGAGAGUAUAGUGGACCAACAACCAAGGCAAAACCAGAGGAAAUAGUGGCUUAUGGAGAGUAUAGUGGACCAACAACCAAGGCACAACCAGAGGAAAUAGCGGCUUACGGAGAGUAUAGUGGACCAACAACCAAGGCACAACCAGAGGAAAUUCCAGUGUAUGGAGAGAUUGAUAGAUCUGCAAAAAGAGCUACUCCUAAAUCUGAUCCAGCUGAUGAAGCACCGGCAUAUGGAGUGGUCAAUAGAACUUCUAAAAAGCCUCCAGUGGCAGCACCGGGAGCAGAGGGAUUGUACGGUGUUGUUAAUAAGCCAGCUAAGAGCCCCAAACCCAAACUUAUGCCGAAACCUGAUGCGCUAUAUGGAACUGUGAACAAGCCGCCCAAACCUUCUCCAUUCUCGACCCAAGGAACUGAACUUCAGGGUCUUGCCGGAACCACGGGAAUGUAUAAGGAAGCAGACCAGAGCCAAGGAAAGGAGGAUCUAUACGGCACUGUAGACAAGUCUCGUAAGACCAAAGAAGAACCGCAAUCAGUUGACGUUUCGGCACAACCAGAGGACAUGUAUGCGGUGGUUGACAGGCAACGCAAGCCGGCCGAGCAAAAGCCGUCUCCGGAUGAGCCGCCCCCAGACGGUGGGGAGUCAGUGUACGGUGUUGUCGACAAGAAGCGUGACAGAAAGGCGGCCAAUAGGAAUUUAGGUGGUCGCAUUGUAGACAGACCUGCUGAAGUCCCUGAAGAUUCUGGUUUUGGUGGUCUUUACGCGGCAGUAGACAGGGGGUUCAGGACGUCCACGCCAGAUACGAAUCGCCCUAUGGAAGGCUCAGGGAUGAUAGAUAACGUGCUAUACGACUCUUACAGCAACCAAAAGUCACCGGCCCAAACAGGCAAUUCCAUGACCUAUGCCACAGUGCCAGAUUACAGAACGUCGGAGGAGCCGGAGGAAGGGAUGCAGGAUAACCCCCUCUACACCGCCUUUAGCCCCACCUUCAGCCCCACCCCUUCUGAGAGUAGUAGACAGAGGCAGGAGCCACCACCUAUCGCGCCUAAACCAGGGAAACUGGACCUUACUAAAUUCCCCGUACGCAUGGAGGGGCUUAUGCGCCCCAUUGGUAACGUAAACCGCCCCAACGACCUCCCAGUUUGGCACCACCGCAGCACCCCCACCCACAAUAACCACCCCCCGCCCUUUGCUAGCCCCGAGAGCGAUGAGGGGGCGGGGUACUCCAGCCCGGCCGACGCCCUCCCCUUUGAUCAUGUCCGAAGGGUAAUCGGGAGCAGCUUUAGGACCGGUGGUAGUAGCGGAGGAGGAGGGGGUCCCCAGUCGGGAAUUUACUCACAGCCCCACGAUCACCUGCCUCGCGGCACUAACCAGCGAAUCAUGUUCGGCAAACCGAUGGUCGCGACCACACCUCGCCCCACUGGGCUCUCUGUAGCAAACAACAACACCCCUGAUGCCUCGCCUGCAAAUGCCAGCCGGCCCAGAGAGGUGCAGAAACAAACCCCCGUCAGGAGGCCCCUGGGAACUGCGAAUGCCAGGCACAAGAAGCGGGAGGAUUUCCUCAAGGGCUUGAACAAGCUUAUAGAAGCAUCCAUGGACGGCUCUUUCCAGGACAACGAGCCUAAUACUCCCAUUGACAAGUUGCCAAAUAAAAAAAAGGAUAACAAAAAAAAACCAAAAGGCAAAAAGGGGAAGGAUGGACUACCUUGUAAGCCGAUAAAACCCGCUCUUGAAACGCUCAUAUUGAAUGAGAAUGGCGUCCCGUCUUUCAUCGAACAGUGUGUGGAUCGGAUAGAGGAUGAAGGUAUCUCCCAAGAGGGUAUAUACAGGGUGUCCGGUAAAGCAUAUGAUAUCGAGGUGAUCAUCAAGAUGUUUGAUGAGGAUCAGCUCGCCGAUCUGAACUCGUUAGAGAACCUAAGCGCCAACACGGUCGCCUCCGCACUGAAGCAGUUCUUCAAGAAUCUCCCGGAGCCGAUCAUACCCUACAGUACACAGGACAAGAUGAUUGCCGACUACAAAGAUGUCAACAACGAAGAUCUCUUUGUCGAGCGGUUGCCCGAAUACCUUAUCGGCCUGUCAUCCGUCAAAAAGAAUGUUCUCACCUACAUGAUGAGACAUAUGAAGAGGAUAACUCAGUGCUCGGAGGUGAACCUCAUGACCGCCGAAAAUCUCUCCAUUUGUUGGUGGCCCUCCAUGUUGCACCCGCAAAGCAAGUCAUUUGACGACCUAGCAAACGAAGCACUCCUGUCGGCAGUCUUCAAGCUGAUAGUAGAACACUCAGAGAGUCUCUUUGAUUUCAUCACGUGAACAUGAGCUCACAUGCGUUAAUCCAUUGACCUUUAACCUCUCACGUUCAGUUGAUAUUAUAGUCAGCCUUAAUUAACAACUGCAAGAAUUAGAUAUAUAUGGUGAGGUUUUUCAAGCAUCGUAUCACUUCUCAUCACGAGAGAGUCCGGUGUGGAGUCCCCCAGGGCUCAACACUGGGCCCAUAAAGCAGCAGAAUAUGUGAAUCUGUUGCCUUUGCUCUGUAUUUGUUUUCACACUGUAUCAAAUGAAGCACCCAUAGUUAUAUUAUGUUAUCCUGCACUACUAGAGGAGAAUAUCUGCUAUGUCUUGUGAACGAAAGUACCCCUGGGUUGGUGACCGAGGGGAUAACUAAUCAUAGGUUUCCUAAUCAUGGAGUUUAGUGCUCUGUGUACGUGGCACAAAUGGUGGAAGACUGCACUUCUGAUCAGGCUGGAGGACUGCUGCUAGUUUUGUGGAAGGAGAGUUUCAGCAGAGUAACCCAUAGCUUUGAGAUGACGAGCGUGCCGGAAAUCGUCACUGCGGCUUCAGGGAUAGAAUGUUUUAAUGGUGUCCAUGUAAAGGAAGGUUAUUCUGAGAUAUUUGGAGCAUUUUGGCCAUGUCAACCAGCAGCUGUCAGAUGUGGAUAGAUGCGACGAUGCGAACCUGAGCUUCAAGGAAGACAGUAUCACCAAUGAAUAGCAGGGGCUUGAUGCAGAGAGCAAUUGCGUUCACGGAUACAGUGUCACCACCACUAACAGACAUGUUAUUAAAAUAUAGUCUUGAGCUUCAGAAACUUAUGUUGCGAAUAACAAUGCAUCAUCAUCAUCACCAUCAUCAUCACGUAUGCACCCACGGUCACUAUCUCAUAAGUCGAUCUCGAGUGCCGUAGAUGAGACAUCUACUAACCCUGUUGCUACGCCAUGUUCAUAUGGGAGCAAUCAUCUCUCAUAGAGAAUAUUGAUAUGUUCAAACUAUGUUCAGUAAUACUGUAGUACCAGGGGCCUGUAUCAUAAAAUCUGUCACUCAUAGUGACUUAAGAUGAUUUCAUAUAAGCUGCUGAAAUCAGUGUUCUUGUUCGGCCAAUGGCAAAUUCAUUAUAGCAUUGUGGUAGUUUUUAUUAUUAAUAGGUAGUUUUGUUAAAAUUCGGACCCGAUAUCCUUAGUGAUGUAAGUUACUCUCUGUGUUAAGAUGGUUUCUUUCAAAACACCUUUCAUGAACAAUCGCAAGAUGAACUUUAUGUUGUCGGGAUGGUGGUGCUAAAUUCAAAUUAACUCUUCUCUUUGAAAGAAGGUUUAGAGAUUGAAGGUGUCCAAGGCCUAUGGUUUAUAAAGGAAUUGUAUUGAUGUAUAUAUGAUUAAACAAUGGUAACAGUUCAUAUAAGUUCUUGCUUAGAGCAUCUGUUUAUUGUAAUUUAGCAAACAAUGUAUUUGUUGACUCUUCAAUGCAAUUACGUAGUGUUGUGAAUUAAUUUGAGAAUAUAUAAGCUCAAGCCUUACAAAGAUUUCAAAGGCAGUUUUUUUCUGUUUCAGUUAUUAUGAAGAUGAUAUGCCUGUUCAUUGAAUGAUCAACAGGUUUGGGGGUUAAAGAAACCAGCAUUGGAUCUUGCUUCAGAAGCAUAUGACGUUCUAUACAUUCCCAGUUGUGUAGAUAUUGGUUUUAAGGUGAACAAAAUCUAUACUAAUGUUCAUCUCAAAGGUAUUUCUUUUUAUUAAAAUUCAUGGUUAUGACUUUGUUUAUUCUUUUCAAGAAUAGUAUAGGUCCCAUGAAAGAUCCUUGUGGCACACCAACAUUGCCUAUGAAGUAAAGCUUAAAAUACUGCAUUCAAAUUAUCAUUCGGUCAAAUAGACUAUACAUGUAUCAAGCAUGACUUGCUUUAAUUGCUUGUCUGAGGGCUUUUCCCCUCUGUCUCUACCACAUUCUACUAUUUUAAAAAUAUAUUUGUUUAGAACCUGAUUUUCUUAAAAUUUAUACAGUGCUGAUGUAUUUUCCAUUUCCAAGUUGCUUAUUUGGAAUUAGAAUAUUUCAGACUUGUUUUGCCUCUGAAAAUUUCAAUGGAAUUUAUAUUAUUUGAAAUAGAUUACUUAGGAAUGCUUAUUGGUUUUUAUUCCGUGAUUUCUAGGAAUUGAAGUUUCAUCUUUUCCCACCAAUUUCAUUUUUGUUUGCAUUCCUUAAUGUAUUUUCAACAAUCAUUUUGUUUAGAGUGGAAGGUAUUGUUUAAUAUAUCUCUAGUAGAUCAAUGUUAGGGUUGGCAAUUACUUUUUUGGAAACUAGAUUUCAUUCUCAAGGUGUAUUAGACAUCACUGCUUCUCAUGGCAUACUCAUACUCCAUUUCAUACCAGACGGUAGGCAUUCAUUAAUAUCAUCAUAAGCAAACCUUUCUUCUGCUUUCCUUCUGUCAUUACAGUACCAAUCUGUUUCAAUCUCGACCAUUAGCAAUACACACCCCCAGUAAUAGAAUGGAAUCAACCAACAUAGCUUUCCUCCUUUACAACGUGGCAAUUCCAUUUUAGAAAUGGGGUGAACGAUGAUGCACCUACCUGUAAGGUCAUAUGUACCUACCUGUAAGGUCAUAUGUACAGUUUUAAACAAUAUAAUUCAGCCCUCACACACAUUUCAUGUCUCAUAAAAUGGAAGCACCCACGUACUUGAUUAUCUUCACUAUUAGAUGAAGAUCUAUUGAAUAAUGAUCGUCUAUGCAUUCAGUGAAAUCAUUGUAUAUUGUGUCUUUUCUCUCCAUUUUUAUGUUUAACUGUACAAUAUUUUACCCCACUUAUCCAGUAUGGUCUUUGUAGAUGUGCUUUCUUCAUAAUGUUCUCUCUUGAAAGAACAAACAUCAGCUCAUCAUUUAGGGUCAAAGGAAGAAAAAUAAAAAAAAUCUGGCUUAAUCUGUCAUUCUUCUACCAUAUUUGUAUUGGGAACAUAGGGCUUAUUCUAAUGCUCUUAUUUAUUUUAUCUGCAAACUUUCUGAAUAUCUGUACAUGUAUAUUGGUAGAAAAUUUGUUGUAUCAUUGCUUUAGCUUUUGAAGGGUAAUAUUGGAAAAGCUGACAAAAGAGAUUUCAUAACAUUUAGUAAUGUCCGAAGAUAUUACUAGGCCAGUGGAGUGAGUGGCUUUGGUACUUUGGCCUAGGGAUUUCAUCCGUGCUCGGAGUCAUCCAUUAUUCAUAAGGGGGGUUACAGGCUAUCAUUAGGGAACACAAAAAAAAUUGGGCAUCAUCAUCACCCUCGCGUGGCCGUCCCUUGCUAACCUCGGUCAUUCCAUUUUCUCUAAGGGGGUUUUAUGGCAUCAACAUGGAAACAAAAAGUAGAGUUGAUAAUAAAAAUAAAAACAAAAUAAUUCACUAUUACAUAGACACAUGUAUACUCUCAUGCGCUUUGGUGACAAAACUUGCAGUGCUACAAAUUGGUCUUUAACAAAUCUUUGCAGACGGUGACAGAUAGGGCUUCUCUCAUAACAAGUGGGAAAUUUUUCAAAAACUUUGGUGCGGCGCAACUAAAAAAAUGCAAUCUCCAAGAGUUAACUUUGUUUUAGUAUCUGAUGAAUUUGUAGGAGUCUGUGAACUUUGUUCAUUACAUGAAUAUGGAUGCAAUUUCAAAGAGAAUUCAAUUCAAUGGGCUUAAUCAUUUAAAGCUUUGUAUGGAAGCUAAGUAUCUAAAAUCAGGGAUGCCAGUUGUCAGGCAAUAAUCUGAAGUCAUGCCCUGGCGAGUUAUUUUCAGACCAUAGUUGAGGCUUUUUUUAGUACAAAAAUGCUCAUUCUAGGUGAUUUUCAGGCCCUCUGAUCAAUUCUAACUGGCAUCCCUAUUAAAUGCAAUUCUGCUUUCUUUUUGAGACGCAACCUGGCAUGCAUGGCAGCCCCAUGCUCUUAAACUAGGAUCGUUCCAUUAUUCCCAUAAGGUGAUUGGUCAUCAUCAGGCUUGAAGAAAAAUUAAAGUAUCUUAAAUGCAAUUCUGCUUUCUUUUUGAGACGCAGCCUGGCAUGGCAGCCCCAUGCUCUUAAACUUGGAUCGUUCCAUUAUUCCCCUAGGGUGACGGGUCAUCAACAGGAGAACAAAAUGAAGGCCGAGAACCUUGCUAUAUGCUGGUGUCCGUCCCUCCUGCAGGUCCCCCCGGAGGACUUUCAUACCAAGUGGGAAAUACUGAUCCGCAUCCUCCAGCUCAUAAUGGAGAAUGAGGAGAGUCUCGCUGGUAUCACCGAUUGAUACCGCCACCAGGUUUUUAGUAAACUCUUUUAGGGCUGGUAUCACCGAUCGAUACCGCCACCAGGUUUUCAGUUAACUCUUUUAGGGCCGGUUUCACCGAUUGAUACCGCCACCAGGUUUUCAGUAAACAUUUUUAGGGCCGGUUUCACCGAUUGAUACUGCCACCAGGUUUUCGUUAAAGGGCUACUCUAACCAAAACUGACUAAAAAAAGGAAAAAAAAGACAUUUAGAAUAAUUUUUGAUGGAGAUUCUGAACAUGACAAUGAUUUUUCUUAGAAUUCGUCAAUGCUUCUGGAAUCCAGCUUUAAAGGCGCUACACAACCUUAACAAACUGUAGAUAUGUCACAUGAAUACAACAACAUGAACCCACAAACAGUAAACAUCAAUGAAUUAGUAAUAUUUCUCUUUUUGUUUCCUUUUAUUUUAAUAUCAAGUACAAUGUAUUUCUCUAAAAACAAGAGCCUGUUACAAAAAAUUAAAGGAA